AUGGCCUUCGUAUUCGUCGAUCUGGAAAUUGCUGCACAAGAUGGUGAAGUAAAAUCAUUGAAAUCAAAUGUUCGUUCACUACUUAUUGCGAUGAAACCAUUAGGAAAUUUAAAUAAACGUAUUUUAAUUGAAAAAUUUCGAUUAUAUAUAAUAUCAUCUUUAUUUAGUUUCUUAGCUUUUCCUAAUGCGUGUCGAACUGUUCAACAUAAAAUGCCAGUCGUUCGUCGACGAUUAGAUCAAUAA